GGUUCAGUAUUUUUGUGUCCUCUCAUCAUGAAUUCCAUAAUAUUUCUGUGUGCAAUAAUCGCGUGUGCUGCAGCCAGGAAUAUAGCGCCCGGCGGGAGAGUAGCAGAAGGUAAAGAUGCUGUUCGUGGUGAGUUUCCUUACCAGGUGUCGAUUCAAAGAGUGUACACUAACCAGUAUAUGGCUUUCUGCGGUGGUGCAAUUUUAUCGCCUGACUACGUACUAAGUGCGGCGCAUUGUUUUGGGGAACCCGAUCAAACCUCCAACUACAGAGUGGUUGCCGGAAUACUCAACCUGAACGACGUCAACGUCGGCGAACAAAUCAGAAAUAUUAAGAAAAUAUCAAAUCACGAAUUGUAUCCCGGGAACGAUGUUGCCGCCCCGCAUGAUAUAGCAGUUGUGGAACUAUUGGACCCUCUGUCGUACAGCGCGACUAUAAAGCCUGCUCUACUUCCGGCACCUAACCAAGAAUACACCGGCCUUGCCACUCUUUCUGGUUGGGGUUCAACGGAAAAAUUGGUAGCACAGCCUAAUACACUGCAAUACGUCGAUUUGCCUGUGAUAAGCAUCGAAGAAUGUAACGACAACAUCAAUAAAGCCAUUUUCGGGACCAACCCUCUCGAUCUGGAAAACAACGUUUGCACCGGUUCAGCAGCGCAUGAAAUGGCUUGCAGUGGUGAUUCUGGAGGUCCUUUGGCGAUCAACGGUACCGUUAUUGGGGUCGUUUCUUGGGGAAUCAGCGGAUGUGGGACCGACCUCAACCCGCCAACUGUAUACGUCAAAGUCUCGAAAUACAUCGAUUGGAUUGGAGAACAUUCUAGCGGCGUUGUACCGUCUGCUUUGUAAAAUUUUAUAAACCAGUAAUAAAAAAAAUUUAGUUAUUAAUAAAAUGGUCUGAGGGGCAAUUUCAAAAAAGAUGCAAGAAGAGUUCAUAGAUUUCAUUGCGCUUAAACUUCAAACACAAAAUUUACGUCAAUUUUUAUUACUUUAAGAAUUAGCAUUAGUGUAAUGUGAGUGGCGUGACUAGCCCUUUAAAAUAAUCUCCUAUUUGGGUAGUCACAUAAAGUAAAAUGGUUUAAGACCAAUCCAUGCCAUUUACAUUGCACGUAUUUAAUACACUGCCAAAGUAAUGUUGUGUAUUUUCGUUACUUUCGAACUAAUACCUACACGCACGGGACCAAUAUAAGCGCAUAAUGAAUUUA